UGGAGACACUGUGCAUGUUUCAGCUUCCACAGGUUGAAGAGGACGUUCUGGAUCGAGAACUGAGACCUGAGGAGAUUGAAGAGCUGCGUGAGGCGUUUCGGGAGUUUGAUAAAGAUAAGGACGGCUUCAUCAGCUGUAAGGAUCUGGGGAACUGCAUGAGAACGAUGGGCUACAUGCCCACCGAGAUGGAGCUGAUCGAACUCAGCCAGCAGAUCAACAUGAACCUGGGGGGUCAUGUGGACUUUGAUGACUUUGUGGGCUUGAUGGGUCCGAAACUGCUGGCAGAGACGGCCGACAUGAUUGGAGUGAAGGAGCUGAGAGACGCCUUUAAAGAGUUUGACACAAACGGAGAUGGAGAGAUUAGCACGAGUGAGCUGAGGGAAGCCAUGAGGAAACUGCUGGGACAUCAGGUCGGCCACCGGGACCUGGAGGACAUUCUGAAAGAUAUCGACCUGAACGGGGACGGACGUGUGGAUUUUGAGGAGUUUGUGCGGAUGAUGUCUCGAUGAAGGCGCUGAGACUCUACACUGCUCCCUGCUGGCUGGAGGAGACACAGCGAGGCAACUAAAGCAUAACUGAAGCAUUUUCCACAUGCAAAACCUUUUCGCUGGUGCAGAACGAGUAAGACUGACUGUGAUUGAUCAUUCUCCAAUCACCGAUCAUCUCACUGGACAUUACAAGUGAAAAAAAUGGCAUUUCAGAGCUUUAGGGCGCGCCGCCGGAGAAUCUAGAACUACUGUAGAACAACGAGCCUGGGGCUGAGAACUGGAACACGGACAUUUGUAGAGAAAACACACAUGCACACGUACACAUACAGUACUGUGUGGAAGUCAGAGACCCUUCAUUUAUUUAUUUUAAACUGAUUAAAGUCAGUUACAGAGGAAAUGUGUCUCCUAACAACCACCUGGAAGACCUGGUAGCCCCCAAAACUGCCCCCAUCAGA